AUGAGGCGUGCGCCGGCAGCCGAGCGCCUCUCAGAGCUGGGCUUUCCUCCGCGGUGCGGGCGCCAGGAGCCGCCUUUUCCGCUGGGUGUCACUUGGGGGUGGGGAGGAUGGCCCAUUCAAAAGCGCCGCGAGGGGGCCCGACCAGUGCCCUUCAGUGAGCGCUCGCAAGACGACAGCAGAGGCCCGGCGGCUUGCAGCUCCGGGACCUUGUGGCGCAUCAGGACGCGGCUGCCCCUCUGCCCGGACCCAGGGCCACCACCGCCGCUCUGCCUGCUGCGUGUUAGCCUCCUUAGCGCGCUUCGGGCAGGCGGCCGCGGGUGCCGCUGGGGCGAGGACGGCGCGCGGCUGCUGCUGCUGCCCCCAGCCCGGGCAGCUGGAAGCGCAGAGGCCGAGCCAAGCGGCGGCCCCCCCUAUGCCGGGAGGAUGCUGGAGAGCAGGGGCUGUAAGGCGCUGAAGGAGGGCGUGCUGGAGAAGCGCAGCGACGGGUUGCUACAGCUCUGGAAGAAAAAGUGCUGCAUCCUCACUGAGGAGGGGCUGUUGCUCAUCCCGCCCAAGCAGCUGCAACACCAGCAGCAGCAUCAGCAGCAACAGCAGCAGCAACAGCAACAGCCCGGGCAGGGGCCGGCCGAGCCGUCCCAACCCGGCGGCCCCGCUGUCGCCGGCUUCGAGCCGCCGGUCAAGCUCAAGGAAUUGCACUUUUCCAACAUGAAGACUGUGGACUGCGUGGAGCGCAAGGGCAAAUAUAUGUACUUCACUGUGGUGAUGGCCGAGGGCAAGGAGAUCGACUUUCGGUGCCCACAGGACCAGGGCUGGAACGCCGAGAUCACGUUGCAGAUGGUGCAGUACAAGAAUCGUCAGGCCAUCCUGGCGGUCAAGUCCACGCGGCAGAAGCAGCAGCACCUCGUCCAACAGCAGCCCCCGCAGCCGCAGCUCCAGCCCCAGCCCCAGCCCCAAACCCAGCCCCAGCCUCAGCCCCAACCCAAGCCUCAGUCCCAGCAGCUCAGCCCCUAUCUGCACCAGCAUCCGCACCCUCACCCACACCCUCACCCACAUCCUCAUCCUCACCCUCACCCGCCAUCGCAUCCGCACCAACAACCACUCUCGCAGCCGCACGGCCACAGGCUUCUCCGCAGCACCUCCAACUCUGCCUGAAGGGGGCAGCACCCGGGCCACAGAAGGUUUUGAGGACUUGAGGAAGUGGGACGAGCGCAUUUCUAUUAUCUUCACUUGGAUCAAAGAGAAAACAAUCUCCCCGCCCCACCCCAGAUCAAAUAGUUUGGACAUCACCCGACUGAUAACUUGCGAUUCCUCUUAGUUUUCUGCAUACUCAUCAUCACGAUGCAAGAAAAGGAAGACUUUAUUUAUGAACCUUUGAAACGAUCUUCUAGUUUGAUGGACCUUCUAGAAGGGACGAUAUAUUGUAAUUUUAUUUUAAUGUAUUUUGAUUUAUGAUUAUUUAUUAGUUUUUUUUUUUUUAUGCUUGUUCUAAGACAUUUCUGAAUGUAGGCCAUUUUCCAAAAAGGAAACUUUAUUUUCAAAAACCUAUUUCCUAGUAAGACCUAAUCUUGGAAAAGAAGAAAAAAAGGGUGGUGGAGGGGAAAAUAUUAAGAAUCCAUUCAUUAUUGCUAGGGCAUUUUCAGAAGGUCUCACACGUUCAUUGUUAUGCCAGGUGGUUGAAAUUAAACUCUGAUAUAUUUUUUUUUUUUGAGGUUUUUUCCUUAGACGUAUAGUUUGUGUAGAAGUUUUAAAAAGCUAAAAGUUGUUCAGACUUGUGUAAUUAUGAAAAUCUAAUGCUCGAUACUGCUUUUCUAAAAGGAAAUCAGUAGUAAUGCUAUUUGAUUUCAAAGUAUUUAAAACAUAACCCAGCUGAUGGCAGGAUGAUCAAAUCUAGAAUAUGUGAUAGGGCUUGGUCUACCGUGAGAAAAGCCUUGCUUGUAUCAUCUGUGUGAAAGUUUAAUAAGGAGAAGAGUUAUUUUGACUGUGAUUUAUGAAUAUCAAUGCAUUAGAUGUUUCAUUUCAAAAAUGUCAUGGGGGAAAAUAGAAUCAUUCAACUUGUU